AUGGGAAAUGCCCUUAGUACCAGUGGUAGUAAUAGUAGAAAUACCAACCCGCUACAAGCGACGUCACCAUUAUCGAUGAUGAAACAACCUAAGGGAAAACCGUAUUCGCUUUCGGGUUCGACGGUGACUUCAUCCCUUGACAGUGACGGUGAUGAGCUCAUACAGCGGACUGCAGGUCGACGUAGACGACGAAAGAGCACUGAAAGCUCUAUUAGUGACACGUCAACAUUGGAUGCAGUGGGGAGCCGUGUAAAUAAUGACAAUAGGUAUAGGAGAAGUCCUAUAACUGCCGCCUUAACAACGCUGUCGCCAGUGAACGGUAUGUUGUCAAGACUCAUGUCGUACGCUAGUAAUCCAGUAAAGCCUGACCAGAGUGGUGAUAAGAUGGACUUUGACGAUAACUGCUUGAUUGAGCAGAAGCACCGCGCUUUUUGGAAACUAGUGCAACAUAUUCUGGAUCUUAAUGACGUCGUGCUGAUGAUCCGUUUGCUGCUAGAUUUUCUUCAAGAUGAUCUUGGAGCGACCACAGCUGCCGUCUUCUUGGUAGAUCAGAACUCACAAAGUAUGUCUCGUAUUACCCGAGAUGCACCGACGCAAUCUGGACUGGCACCGUCACGAGGACUGGUAGGCAAGGCGCUGAAUUCUAGGUUAGCACGGUUUUUGGUGGACUUUAGCUCCGAAGAAGGAUAUGAUGCCGAGGUGGACUUGGCACAUGAAUUUCCGGAGCAGAAACUUUAUUGCGUGCCGUUGAUGGAACAUGACACAGUGUACGCGAUUAUUGAAGCUACGACUGCCCAAUCUACGCAGUGUGUAAUGGAUGAGCUUCAUGUAAAGUUAUUGACGUGGUUGGGGCCGAUUUUAAACUCCUGCAUGCGUAAAUGUAUCGAGUUUCACGACGUUCUGCUGUCCGAGCGUACACAGAAAGCCCUGCUUCGCAUCAUUAGCUCGUCAGAUACAGAGGAUACAGUGUUGAACCUUGUGGACGGUGUGAUUGACGGAGUGUGUCAUAUCACCCGAGCUGAACGUGUGUCGCUGUUUAUGAUUGACUGGGAGACGAAUGAGCUUUGGUCGCUUUCGUCUAGCUAUUACGAUGAGACGCUUCGAGUCCCUUUACGAACAAGUAUGUUGGGCCUCGCUGCUACUACACAGCAGACUCUGAACGUUCGAAACCCACAAGCAGACCGUCGCUACAAUUGGUCGACAGACCAACGUCGUGACAUUCACACACGCUGCGUGCUGUUCGUUCCAGUGGGUUAUCAGAGAAGUUUGCAAGUGAAUGAAUCAGCUGCUACUAGCAGCAGUCGACCUAUUGCCGUCUUGGAGAUUAUCAAUAAGGUGGAAGAAGAAGGAACUGGUGGGUUGACUGCUGAGUAUCGCCAAGGGUUUACAUUUGAUGACGAGUGUGCUCUUGAAGCGUUUGCGUGCGAAGUUGCGGUAAUUUUACGUCGACGCAGUAAUGAGAUUGAGUACAUCAAGUUAUUGGCAGAUACGCGUGCGGAACAGGUCUUGGCAAAACGUGCUCGAAGCCAAGUAAAUUUGCUCGAGUGCUACACGAGUUAUGCCUCUGCAGCACAUGCACAUCCUGAAGCUUGCCUGCGCGAUUCAUGCGUUUCAAGUGAUCGGCACGCGGCAGACUGUUCUAAGUUUGUAGCUACUCCUAAUGUCGAGGAUCAAGUUAAUUCGUCUGCCAGAACUGCACUUUCCAUGAGUAAAGUGAGUGAUAACGUUGAGCAGCGUCUCGGUAAGGCGAUUGGCCACAGGAAACAGUACUCUGGUCGACUGGGCUACGACUGUUUUGGUACCAACGAACAACUUCCGCCUCAAUUUCUGUUUAGUGCUCCUGAAGGAUCGCGGUUUCCAUCAUGGAAUUUCAAUGUGUUCAGUACGGACCCGGCGGUUCUCCCCAAGCUACUUGAAGAGAUGUACCUGGAUUUUAAGGUGGAUGAAGUACUGCAUACGACGAAGCAUCGCCUGCAAAACUUUAUUGUGGCUAUGAAAGAACACUACCAUCCUAAUCCAUUCCACAACUUCCUGCACGCGUUUUCCGUCGUCCAUGCAUCCUAUCUUCUGCUGAGCACAACCGUUGCAGGCCAACUGCUUCAGCCAUUGGAUAUCGCAGCGUGUCUCGUUGCUUCACUUGGCCAUGAUGUGGACCACCCGGGACAUACGAACGACUUUGAAGUAAAGUCAAGAUCACAGCUAGCAAUGCUUUAUAGUGACGAGUCUGUUUUAGAGCACCACCAUGCCUACACGACUUUUCGCUUGAUUUCCAAGGAGAAAAACGCCAAUAUCUUGCAAAAUCUGAAUUCCGCGGACUACCGCCACUUUCGCAAAAUGGUGAUCAAUGCAAUUUUGGGCACUGACAUGGCAAAUCAUUUCAAGUUUUUGGAGGCGAUUAAGAAAGUUUUGCACCCUUCUAGUCAUCAUGUUGACACGACUGCAAUCUCAUCCGCCAAGCGUGACAACUCAAGUGUUACUGCCAUCAUUGCAAUGAGUAGUGGAGCAAAGCCGAGGCUGAAUAUAACGACAACCCAAGAUCAAGGAAAAAAAGGCUCUGGGAUCUUAAAUGUGUUGCGUGACGCUGUAAUGCAGUCUGAAGGAAAUGCGGUCGUGACUUCUCUUGGAAGCACUACUGAUUUGUCAUCGAAAAGUUUUCACCUGGCCAAUGGAGCAAAACGCGCUCCUAGUCGCUCAUCAAGUGGGCAACUGACUAAGGGCGGCUGGACGUACAAUGGCACCGUAGAAGACCGUCUAUUCCUUGUAAAAACGCUUGUACAUGCGAGUGACCUGUCAGGUCAAGUGUAUCCGAAACCCAUCGCUUUGAAAUGGAGCAACAUGAUUUCAAAAGAGUUUGCAUAUCAAGCGCUGAUGGAACAGGCUGAAAAUAUACCGAUCUCUUACCGAAACAUUGAUGACCCGCUGAAAAUGGUUGAGGGUCAGCUUUUUUUCGCGCAGAAAAUCGUGUCACCCCUCUGGGACCUCAUGUACAUCAUGUUCCCGGACAUUGACGAGUGCAUGCUGAAUUUGAGAUCGAAUGUUGCUCAUUACGAGCAAGAACUGCAGCGCCUUAAGGAAGCACACUCUGAUGCGGGCCUUGAUGCUGAUCCAGCACGAGAGCAGAGUGAUGAACAGGAGCGACGACACAAAGAACACGAGGCCCGUGACAAGAUGGCACGUCGUCACUCCAUGUGCGGCUGCGAAUACGAGGGUGUAGCAGUACCGGGACUUGCGAGACAUAAUCCAGCAAAAUUCAGCUCGUUUCGCACAAUACCGGAGGACGAUAGCAAUAACGAGGAUGUCGAGGCAAGUUUGGGUAGUGAGCGGAGUAUUCAAGCAAGCGUUCUUGCGGCGGCGGAAAAGUCUCGGAAGGCAACGCGUUCAAGGUUGAGCAGUAUUAGUAGUAUUAGUAGCAGUGAUUUGGAGGUCGACGAGCAAUCGCUCUUUGUGUACGAAUAG